CCCUCCACCCCACUAACGCGUCGCGCCCUAUCUUGUCAACUGUCUUGGGCUUCGCUUAUCAUGUGAGGUCACAUCGUCCCUUGGAGUAAUCUCAAACAAUGGCUGACCACAAGAAAAGUGUUCUGAUCGUUGGCGGUGGUGCCGUCGGUGCAAUUGCAGCCGUCAACCUCGAAGUCGGUGGACUCGCAACAGUAACCGUUGUGCUGCGGUCCAACUACAACAUCGUCAGAGACAAGGGAUACACAAUCGAAAGCUGCGAUCAUGGCAGAUUGGAUGAAUGGAGACCUAGCGUUGUCCGCAACACGAUCCCGAACCUUGUCGAGGAAGGCCUUCCACCAUACGACUACGUUGUCCUCUGCACCAAAAACACCCCCGACAUCUCCCCCACCGCCGUCGACCUAAUCACGCCGGCGCUCCCCCAAAACAGCAACAAAACCACUCUGAUCCUCCUGCAGAAUGGCCUCAACAUCGAGAAGCCGUUCUUGCGACCUCAUCCCAACAUUCCUAUCCUCUCUGGUAUCUCCAUGAUUGGCAGCGCGGAACCCUCACCCGGUCACAUCGUGCAAGACGAAGGCGACAGGCUGCUCAUCGGCGCCUUCCCCACUUCCAACAUCAAUCCCGCUGUACCGGAGCGUCGGGCUGAGGAGUUUGUGGAGUUGUAUGGAAAAGGUGGGAAGACGGAUUGUCAGUACUCACCUAAUGUACUGCAUGAUAGGUGGAAGAAGUUGGUGUUCAACGCUUGUUUGAAUCCAAUUUGCGCGAUCACAGGAUUGGAUGAUGGACGCCUCAGACUUGCGGAUGGAGCCUUGGAUGGCCUUGUUCGACCGGCUAUGCGGGAGAUUGUUUCGGCUGCGAAGGCGGUUUGUGGUGUUGAGUUGGCGGAGGAUGUGGUCGAGGCGACUAUUCAUGUUGAUCCGUUGGAGAGUUACUUGAAGCCGAGCAUGCAGCAGGAUGUGGAGAAGGGUAACUUCAUUGAGUUCGAGAACCUGCUGGGUGAACCGUUGAGAGCAGGGAAGGAUGCUGGUGUUGCUAUGCCGACAUUGGAGGUGCUAUAUCAGCUUGCGAAGGCCAUGCAGUGGCGGAUGAAGGAGAGCAGGGGACUUGUUGAGGUACCGAAGAAGAAAUAG